CCCCUUCCAUUUUUUUUUCUCAAAAAAAGACCUUGGCCCACCCCCUCACAAAUAUAUAUAUAUAACAAACCAUUUUACCAUGAAUCACCCUGUCUUUCCCACUGCUGCGGAAACAAAGAAACACUUUAUCAUACCUUCAUCUCAUUCAGACAAUAAUGGGAUUGACCCUCCUUAUUUCGAUGCCGUUGUCGCUGGUGGUAUCGGUGGUUCCUUAGCGGAUUGUUUAAUGCACAGUGUGGACACAGUGAAAACUCGUUUACAAGGUCAACCUCUGAAUAGAACAACAAUUAAAUAUCACAAUAUGGUUCAAUCGUACAAAUUAAUAUUCAAGGAAGAGGGCGUGUUGAGGGGUUUAUAUUCUGGUAUUACACCAGCGAUGCUUGGAUCAAUUCCCGGUACUGCUCUUUAUUUUGGCAUCUACGAAUUCACAAAACGAAAUUUGACUGCCAAUAGUAUACCCGAUGUGGUUGCACAUUUAGCCGCUGGAUCAUUGGGUGACUUGGCAGCAUCCGUCGUGUAUGUACCAUCCGAAGUAUUAAAGACACGCAUGCAACUACAGGGUCGAUACAACAAUCCACACUUUGUGAGUGGAUAUAAUUAUAAGGGCACUUGGCAUGCCGCAAAGACUAUUGUGAGAUACGAUGGAUUCGGUGCACUUUUUCAUGGAUUCAGAGCCACUAUUUUACGUGAUGUACCUUAUUCUGCCUUACAAUUUGCGUUUUACGAACAAUUCAAAAAGUUUGCAAAGAACAAUUUGGUGAGUCCGGGAGAAAAGCUCCCGCUGGGUAUCGAUUUAUUAACAGGAUCCUUUGCGGGUGGCAUCGCAGGCGCUGUCACAACUCCAUUAGACGUCGUAAAGACCUUGUUGCAAACACAACCAACCGACACAAAAAAAUUAAAAGACGUGCCAACAAAACAUUAUAGCGGGAUUAUAGAAGGUUUAAUUUGGAAUUAUAAAAAUCAAGGGUUAGCGGGUCUGUUUAGAGGUAUAGGACCUCGUGUGUUUUGGACAAGUCUUCAGAGUGCAAUCAUGUUUGUGAUUUACGAACAGGUGUUGCAUCUGGAAGAAUCCUUGCGAGAAAAAGAUGAAUGGCCUCCUCAACAUGUGCUGAAACAGUUUAUUUUACCUUGAAUAAAAUAAAACCCCAUUUAAUGCACCUCCAAUGUAAACAAGAAUGGACUGAAAAAGCAAUUAUUACUUGUGUUUUCAUGUAGCACAAACAAAAUAUUCUCUCUCUCUCUCGGGCAUUGAUGUGUGUGUGUGUGUGUGUGUGUGUGUGGAUGGAU